GAAAACUCUGUGAUUGAUGUUCCCCCAGUUGGAACAAUAGGUUGUUUUAGGGAAUGUCAGAAGUAUGGUGCAAAGGAGAUAAUUGUUUAGCACCAUGGUCAAAUGACGGGAAAUUAUAUCAGGGGUUAGUGAGGAAAAUUGUUAGACGGCAAGAUGGACAGGUGUGUGCCAAAGUUAGGUAUCAUGGAUUCGGGCCAGAGGAAGAGGAAGUGGAAAUCUCCAGACUGCAGAAAUCUCCUAUACUUCAUAUUGGCAGCAAACCCCAGAGACUCACAGAUUCAGAACUGAACAGUGGCAUUUUCAGACCUCUCACCGGAAUUGAAGAGGAUAAAAGAAUCAGGUCACCUGCACCCAGGGGUAAUUCAGCAAGAGAGACUGUUUCAAAGAAAACUGACAAUGCACAGACUUCCUCAAGCAUGGGUAAAUGUUGA